AUGGAAGAACCUAUGAGUGCCUCUCUUGAGGCCCUAAGUCAGAUAAAACAUAUAUUUUUAAUCCUCUCAGGUAAGGGUGGUGUUGGUAAAAGUUCGGUGACUACGCAGGCCGCCCUGGCGCUAUGCAACCUUGGCUAUAAAGUUGGUGUUCUGGAUAUUGACCUCACAGGACCUUCCCUGCCGAGAAUGUUUGGUUUGGAAGGUCAAAGUAUUUUACAAUCUCAACAGGGUUGGAUACCUGUUCCGAUUCCAGUACCAGAUGACAUAAAGGGAACAUUAAAAGUGAUCUCUUUGGGAUUUCUAUUAGAUGAUAGAGGCAAUAGCGUUGUUUGGAGAGGACCUAAAAAGGCUUCUAUGAUCAAGCAAUUCAUUUCAAGCGUUGCUUGGGGUGAAUUGGAUUAUCUUUUAAUCGACACACCUCCCGGGACGGGGGAUGAACAUAUAUCUAUUGCAGAACAAUUGAGAUGGUCGAAUCCAGAUGGUGCUAUUAUUGUAACGACCCCACAAAGUGUUGCUACUGCAGAUGUGAAAAAAGAAAUUAAUUUCUGCAGAAAAGUGGAAUUGGACAUCUUGGGAAUUGUAGAGAACAUGUCAGGAUUCAUAUGUCCCCACUGUGCAGAAUGCACAGAUAUUUUCUCUAGUGGGGGAGGUUCAAAAUUGGCCGAAACUUACUCAGUACCAUAUCUAGGUGCUAUUCCCAUAGAUCCUAGGUUUGUGGAAUUAAUUGAAAAUCAAUCUACUGCAGGUGAAUUAUUAGUGCGUUCAUAUCACGAAUCAUCCAUUUUUUCCGUCUUUAAAGAGAUUCUUAACAAAUUAUUAGAACAGCAGAAACCACCUAGAUUUUAA